AUGUACAGAAAACUAAAAAAAGGAUAUGAUUGUCUUGACGGGAUUAUACUUGUAAUGCACGGGCGAUGCAGGGCAGGCCAAGUGGUAGAUCUGAUCCACCUCCAGCAAAAUCGGCUCCACAACAUCAUGCCUGAUCAGCUCGAACCUCGGAUUCCCGAACAAAUGCACCACGUUCUCUUUCCUCCCCGUGAAGAAAUUGUCGAUCACGAUCACGUCGUCACCCCUGGCGAUCAGCUUAUCCACCAGAUGGCUCCCGACAAAACCGGCACCGCCGGUGGAGCCGAUGAGUACGCCGAUGAGGAUGAAGAGGAGGCGCUGCUCGCGGAGGAUGUAGUUGAGGGAUCUGGGGAGGGAUCGAGGAUGUUUCAUGGAUUUUGGGGAGUAGGGCGGGGUUUGGGAAAAGGGCAUCUCCUCGUCUUUUCUGGUGUUUGA